CGUUUGGCCCAUGGUCACAAACUUCAUCCAAUUUGGAAGGUCGCAAGAUCCAGAAGCGGCGGCACUCGGUGUACUUUGUCCGUCUAGGUAGAUGGAGCGCGACGCCGCGAAUGCAAGCGUGAAAAAGGCUGCACAAAAUCUCCAGGAAGCCAUCAUGAGCGUGCGCAAGGUUCGCCAAAGUCAAUCGGUUGUGGGGUACAGCGAACACCGACCUGCCAAAACGCCUCCGUCCAGGACGUCACACUCAGGACACCCCAAAACGCGAACGUCGAUGUGGCUGCAAGACGAGUACUUGGAGUCAUCUUGCGCCAGCGACAUGGACGAUGGCGAUGUGUCGGUGGGCUCCACCAUGAGCGACCAUGUUCCCGAAGACAAUCAACUUUCCGCAUGCAGCAGUCCGACAACAUUCGUCAAGCAAGAUGACACGUCAUCGCUCAAUGUUUCGAGCGAACAUUGCUCCACCAACGACAGUGCGGCGUCGACGACAGACCCACACGUGCACACGUUAAUCGACCAGAUCAAGUUCAAAUUGGACGGCAUGGCUCAGCUCAAAGACAACCUUAUGCACGCAUGCAACCGCGUCGACGCAUUCGUGUGUUCGACGACAGGGUAUGCACGACUUGGCGUCCAGACACUGCCGACGGACCUAGACACCGUCGGCGAGAUGGUGUCGCGGUGGGAUCGCGACUUGGCCGAGUGGAAGCGCCACUUACACGACGACAUCGCCCACAAGUGCCGACGCGAAGUCAUGCAUAUUCAACAAACGACUGCCGAAGCGCUGCGGCACCAGCAACGCAACGAAGAGAAUCGCGUUCAAAUGGCCAUGGAGGACAAUUUCGCUGCAAGCGUGCGAUGGCAAGAGCGCCUCUCCGCUGAAUCCAGCAAAGCGAGGCAUGAGCGGGUCGCUAGAAAACGCGACGCUGUCGCCAAGAAGCGCGCAGAAGAGCGGCACGAAAUGGCGAUGGAAGACUUGCUGAGUCGGCUCGUGUUGGUGGAAUCACGCCUUCGACAAUCUCAGAAGCAAGUGGAGACACAAGUACAUGCGAAUGCAAUGCUGCGGCUCCAGGUCACGUCCAUCGACACGCGGCUCGAGGAAGCGCUCAAGCAAGUGCAGAUCGAACAAGAAAUCGCAAACCAUGUCCAAGCGACGCAGCAACACGAGAUCCGCGAGAUCGAAGCGCUCAACUACAAGCUCCUGACGACGCUAGUGCAGCAGGACGAGAACCUUCAGCUCAAGGAAGCAGCCAUGCACCACCGCGUCGAAAAGCUUGAAGCGGACCGCGCCCAGCUCGCCAAAGACCAAGUCGCGUUCGAGCUGCAAAAGAACUUGAUUUUGAAGGAGCUCAAAGGCGUGUGCGACUACUUCUCCAACCACUGCGACACCCACCCAGUCGAAGUGCGUGCAGCUCUUCGUUCCACACACGCCAUUGAAUCACACCAUCUCGUAGGAUGAACAGCGCGUGCACAUGCUGCAGACAGUCGCCAAAUAUACACACCCACUAGGCACAUAACAUGCAAUGGCGGGUACGUGUGUCGAUGGGUUCCUUUUGCAACGUAACACGAGCUCAAUUCAUGCGGCCG